AUGGCUAGGGGAGGCCAGGAGUCCUGGAAGCCCAGCAGUGAACCAGAACAGGGCUGGGUGAAGUGUGAGAGGCAGUCCACACAUGGGACCCUGCAGCAGCAGAUCUGGCAAACCGUUCCUUUCCUUACAGAGCUCCUGGAGGACUGGGACACGGACAAGAUGAAAGGAAAGCAUCAGAGCCUGAGUUUAGAUGCAGCUGUGAUUUUAGGGUGCCUCUAUUGGGGAGGCAGCUGUGAUUUGAAAACCUCGUUUCCUUGGGUGACUGUUCAGAAGCUGUGGAUGAAUUGUGCUGGGUGCAAGCCGACCCAGAGGCUGCGGGCCUGGGGGGGCCUGGCUGGAGGUGCAACAUUCAUGGCCUUCUGGCUUCUUUGGCAGCUGGAAUCAGCUCCUGGGGGAGCCCCAGCGCCUCAGCCCACGCUCACCAUCCUUAUCUGGCACUGGCCUUUUACCAACCGGCCUCCAGAGCUGCCCCGUGAUACCUGCUCUCAGUAUGGCAUGGCUAGCUGCCUCCUGAGUGCUAACCGGAGCCUGCUAGCCAGCGCAGAUGCUGUUGUUUUCCAUCACCGUGAGCUGCAGACCUUACAGUCUCGCCUGCCCCUGAAACAGAGGCCGCAUGGGCAGCCUUGGGUCUGGGCCUCCAUGGAAUCUCCCAGCAAUACCCGGGGUCUCCAUCACUUCCGAGGCAUCUUCAACUGGGUGCUGAGCUAUCGGCGCGAUUCAGAUAUCUUUGUACCCUAUGGUCGAUUGGAGCCCUACUCUGGGCCUACACCCCCACUGCCGGCCAAAAGCAAGAUGGCUGCCUGGGUGGUCAGCAAUUUCCAGGAGCGGCAGCAGCGUGCAAGGCUGUACCGGCAGCUGGCCCCUCACCUGCGGGUGGAUGUGUUUGGACGUGCCACUGGACGGCCCCUGUGCACUAACUGUCUGCUGCCCACUGUGGCCCGGUACCGCUUCUACCUGUCCUUUGAGAAUUCGCAGCAUCGAGACUACAUCACUGAGAAGUUUUGGCGCAAUGCGCUGGCAGCUGGUGCUGUGCCUGUGGUGCUGGGGCCUCCUCGGGCCACCUACGAGGCUUUUGUGCCACCAGAUGCCUUUGUUCACGUGGAUGACUUCAGCUCAGCCCGCGAGCUGGCUGUCUUCCUUGUCAGCAUGAAUGAGAGUCGAUACCAACGCUUCUUUGCUUGGCGAGACCGGCUCCGUGUGCGGCUCCUGGGUGACUGGAGGGAACGUUUCUGCACCAUCUGUGCCCGCUACCCUUACUUGCCCCGCAGCCAGGUCUAUGAAGACCUUGAAAGCUGGUUCCAGGCUUGA